ACCGAUCCCAAGUACGACUUCGACAUGGUCACCGUUCUUGCCGUGGGCGUUGGAGUCGCCGCAGCUGCCUUCUUCGGACGCGCAGGUCUCGUAGCACUCCGUCGAGCCCGCGGGGGCACCAGCGCACUGGGGAAAGCAUACUAUAAUGGCGGUUUCGAGAAGCAGAUGAAUCGAAGAGAAGCAGCCCUGAUAUUGGAGACAUCAGAACGAGGCAUCACGAAAGAAAUGAUUCGCAAGAAGCAUCGACAACUGAUGCUGUUAAACCACCCCGAUCGAGGCGGAAGUCCAUAUCUCGCAACGAAGAUCAACGAGGCGAAAGAGUUCUUGGAGAAGGGCGCCAACUGAAUGAGAUAUAUGUGUUCAAAGGCUGUACAGUACAUUAUACAUUGUGAUUUAGAUUUAGCGAGGCGUUGGGCGGGUUUGCACAUUCUCACCACUCUAUACCACUGUAAAAUUACUUCGCAGGCC